AUGGAGAAUCUAGAUUAUUUAAUACUUGGUUGCGGAGUUUGGGGGUUGAGUACCGCAUGGUGGAUCAUUAAAGAUCAGCCAGAUGCAAAAAUUCUCUGCCUUGAUAAAUGGGAAGUUCCAUCUCUUGACUCAGCAGGAUAUGACAUUAACAAGGUUAUUUCUGCUAAGUAUGGUAGUGAUUUAGACAAUUAUACUUCUUUGUUGGCAUUUGAGGCUUGGGAAAAUCCCAUCUUUAAGUCAGUUUAUCACAAGACUGGAAUGCUUGGGGUAGCUGACGACAAUCCAGAAGCUCUAGAGUAUGUCACCAAGGCAUACAAUAAAAGGGUAAAGAAUAACUACGGUGAAGAUGUUGAGUGGUGCGAAAAUAUUCAGAGUCUUGUAAGAAGAUUUCCUUUAUUGAAAGAUUCCAACAUUAGCGGAUGGAAAGGAUAUUUUGAUGCUUUAGGAGGAUGGGUUCAUGCUUCUAAAGCCAUGAAAAUUAUCUACGAAGACUGCUUGAAAAAGGGAGUUGAAUUUAAAUUUGGGGAUUCAGGUACUGUUUCUGGAUUAGAAAUACAUGAAGGCAAACUCGUGUCAGUAAAAUGUGAAGAUGGGUCUCUUCAAGUAGCUCCUAAGAUAAUUAUGUGUUUAGGCGCGUACACUGAAUUGUUCCUUGAUAUGAAUAAACAGACGACGGCCAAAUGUUGGAGCCUUGUACACUUAAAGGUUUCUCCUGAAGAAGCUCGUAGUAUGAGGAAUGGUCCAAUACUCUUUAAUUUUCAGAGAGGUUUUUUUUUUGAACCCGACGAAAACUUAUGCGUUAAAGUUGUCAAUGAGUUUCCAGGUUUUACAAACUAUGAGAAAGUAGCGGACGGCAGAACUAUUAGUGUUCCCAGAUCUAAUGGUAUGCAUCCAAAUGAAACAAUCCCGGACAAGUGUAGAGAUUCUAUUAGGGAUUUUUUAAAAAGAGCAGUUCCAUUUUUGGCAGAUCGUGAAUUUGUUUACGAAAAGCUAUGUUGGUGCUCAGAUUCAAAUGAUAAGAGAUGGAUUAUAAGUCGACACCCACAAUUCAAAAAUUUGACUGUAGCUACAGGUGACUCUGGUUUAGGUUUUAAGAUGCUUCCCAUAAUUGGAAAAUUUAUAAAAGAUGUUAGUAAUGGCACUUCUCUUCCAGAAGUUGUCGGUGACUAUUGGAGCUGGAAAAACCAAGAAUCAUCAGCAAGUACAAAAAUAGAAAGAUGGGGCUUAGACAAUGUCACUGAAGAUUUGAAGAGUCAAUCGGGAUGGCGAACCUAA